CACAGAGCUGCAGAAUCUUUUACAAUAACAGCUGACAAGAUGAGCUGUUCCGACCUCCAUACAGCAACCAAUAUAAUCAAAGACUCACUUUGGGAAACUUGAUUCUAACAUUUCUCUUACAGAGACAAGUUAACUGUAUAGCUACAUAGGCUGUAGAAAGAUGAAACGGGCCAUUUAAUCAAAAAUAUAAAAACGCCAUUGCAAUUAAAUUGGGUCCAAAAUCCAUGCUGGAUAGCCUUUUAUUAAUGCAGAAUUUUCAAAUUCCAAAUAGCCUACUGUAUUUUUUUUCUGGGGGAAGCAAAUUGCAGAUUUGAUCUGUUACCAUUAUUCCUUCAGGUGGAUCCUGCUUUUUUCCCAUCAUUCAAGGGCCCUUUAUUUUUUUACUCGAAGAGUAUUUGGGCCCACUUAACUAUAAAUGGCUUUAUGAUCUAUGUCAUAUUUUAAUGUGGUCAAUUCAUUUAGCUAUAUAUUGUUAGAAGAGUCGGUUCAUAAAAGUAGAAGUGAAUAUAGCCUACUGUACACACUACUUGCAGUCAAUGGUGAAAGGAGAAAGCUAUAUUGUAAAAACCGAAGUGUACAAGGUAAAGUAAUGCAAUCAAAUCACACUCAAGUGAAAGAACUCUAUUACCAUUGAAAUAUAAUUAAAUUAACAGAUGUGAAAUCAUUCAUUAUGGGGAAUGGCCUAUUUCAGCAUAAGAAAAGUGACAAUAGAUUUGAAAUGCAUUUAGUGAAGUAAAAGGUACAACAUUUCCCUCUGAAAUGUAGUGUAGUUAAAAAGAAGCAUAACAUGGAAAUACUCAAUUGAAGAUACAAUGUACUUUCCACCGCUCAUGGCAGUCAACAUGCUUUUUUACAAUUGGAAAAACUGCCCUAAAUGGUCGGUUAUUUUCGCAGCGAGUGAGUGAUGAUAAUAAAUGAAACGUUAUGUGGCGCUAUCGCCUCACUCUGCUGCUGCGCCAUCACCACUGCACUUGUUCGGCAGGACGGAGAAACUACCGACACACACACAGACAGACUGCUGCUGCUGCUGCUGCUGCUGAGGGACGACAUGUGGCUUCGAGACGAGAUUUUAAAAUCCAUAUGGCACGCCUUCACGGCCCUGGACGUGGAUCAACGUGGAAAAGUGUCCAAGUCUCAGUUGAAGGUGCUGUCCCACAGCCUGUGCACAGUGAUGAAGAUCCCUCAUGACCCUGUGGCCCUUGAAGAGCAUUUCAAAGAUGACGAUAAAGGGCCGCUGUCCAACCAAGGCUACAUGCCUUACCUCAACAGGUUUAUCCUCGACAAGGUGCAGGAGGAAUUUGAUGUACUUGAAUUCAACAAGAUGUGCUGGACACUGUGUUACAAGAAAAAUAUCUCCACUAAACACCUACUCAUCUCAGAUGACGAUGCUUUCAAAGUCUGGUGCAUUUUCAACUUUCUGUCAGAAGACAAAUACCCACUGGUCAUGAUUACUGAGGAGAUUGAGUGCUUCCUUCGAAAGCUGAUGGAGGCCAUGGGGAGUGGAUGGAGUGAGGAGAAGUUUUGCGAUUACAAGCUGCAGUUGCACUCAAAGAAUAACCGCCUGAGUGCCUGGGAGCUGAUCGAGCUGCUGGGGCUGGGUCACUUCACUCAGGGCAUGACCCGGCAGACUCUCUCCAUGGGCAUCGGGGAGGUCUUCCAGGAGCUCAUACUGGAUGUGCUCAAGCAGGGAUACAUGAUGAAAAAGGGUCACAAAAGGAAGAACUGGACCGAGCGGUGGUUUGUCCUUCGACCCAACUCACUGUCAUACUACGUCUGUGAAGACCUUGUGGAGAAGAAAGGAGACAUCAUUCUGGACCCAACCUGCUGUGUGGAGUCUCUCCCGGAUAAAGAAGGGAAGAAAUGCAUGUUCAUUAUCAAGUGCACUGAUAAAAGCUUCGAGAUCAGCGCCUCAGACAAAAAGAAAAAGCAGGAAUGGCUUCAAGCUAUUCAGACAUGCCUUCAGCUGCUGAGGUUGGGGCUGCCGUCCCCUCACCGCGAGGCCCGGCUGAGGCGCAGGGAGCUCCGGCAGAGGCAGCAGACGGAGGAAGACGACCUGGCGGAGAGGAUGAAGCAUCUGCAGGCGGCCAAUGAGAACAAACAGAGACAGCUGGAGGGAAUGAGGAAGAAAAUGGAAGAGGCUGCAGCCACAGCAGCAGAAGAAGAGCACAGGAGGAAGCAGACGCAGUUAGACCUGCAGGAUCGUUACAGACUGGACCUGAAGAGAGAGAAAAUGGUGCGUCAGCAGAUGGAGGAGCAGGUGGCUCAGAAGUCCAGUGAGCUGGAGCAGUACCUGCUGCGCGUCCGCGAGCUGGAGGACAUGUACCGCCGCCUGGAGGAGGCCUUAGAGGACGAGAAGCAGGCCAAGCAGGACGAGGAGGCCAUGCACAAGCUGCAGGCCAGUCUGCUGGAGGAGGAGGCAGCGAAGCGGGCCGAGCUGGAGCGUUUCCACCGGCAGCAGCAGAGGGCGCUGUCGCAGACGGAGGCGGAGAAGCAGGAGCUGGUGGCCGAGCAGCGGCUCAAAGAGAGAGAGCUGCAGGCGGCCAUGCUGCAGCUGGAGAAGCUGGAGAGGGAGCGGCUCGGGGCGCUGGAGCAGUACCAGGAGGUGUCGAUGAAGCUUGAACGAGCAACUAACAAGACAAAGACUUGGAAGGACAAGGUGGCCAAACAUGAGGGUCUGGUGCGUCUCAUCCAGCCAGGUCAUAAAGGUCCUCAGAGGAUCACUAACUGGGGUCCGGCUUCAUUCACUGACGUUGAGCUGGAGCUGAGGAAGAAGUCGUGGCAGGAGAGGAAGAACCAGGGCGCUCCGGCUCAGUGAACACACCUCACUGAGGAGGACAGUCUAGGUCUUACUGAGCCAUCUGCAGCGUUAAACGUUUUACUGAUAUGAUUUGGCCUACUUUCUUCUGUAACAAAAAAUCUCAUCAAGCAAUUGUAGGAAGCAGUUCUCUAAAAUAAUCUGAUCAUGAGAUGCAAUUGAAAUAGCAGAAAAAUACAACUAAUAAGUGAAUAUUUAGUUAUUAUUUUAUGAAGAAAUACAUCCAGUUUCUUAGUUUGUGCUUUCUGACUUCCUGUGUUUUAAUUCAUUUUACUGACAUGUAAUAGAGUACAGCAGUAGAUUAAUAUGUGUAUUGCUUUGUCACAUUUAAACUUGUAUGAAAAACAUAUAAUAAAACACCACUUUUUUUUUCAAAA